AUGAUCACCAUCCCGCCUAUCCCGACCUCCAUCGUCGCGACCAGCUUCACCGCCCUGGUCGCAGCCCUCGCCUGCGUCCAGUUCCACCGCUCAAGGACACCCCUCCGUCUCGGCUCAGCCGUCAUGGCCAUCUGUGGCCUCUCCAUCUCAGCUCUCUCCAUCGUCUAUGCCACCGACAAGAUGUCGCUUUCCAUCUUCUGGGUCUACCAAUUCGUCGCUGAAUGCAUCGCCGUCACCUGGGUCAUCUCAACCAUCAUCCAACUCGGCUACGCCUUUUACCCCCUCACCCGCCACCAAACAGUAAUUUGGAGAACUGCCCUCGCCUCCGUCAUCAUCUACGAUCUUGUCGCCAUAUCAGAACUGUCCUACUAUUGUUAUGCCGUUUGGGGCUCGCACACUCUCGACAGGAAUUCGACCCCUGUCAUCUGGAUCUACUGGGUGCGACAGAUGGCCAAGGUCCUCGCCUGUGGAGUCACCAUCGCCUAUCUCUUUGUUCCAUUGGUGCGGCAUCACAACAGCACCGGUGUUGCCAAUAUUGCCGACAGUAACACCCUCGCCGUUGGCACUUGGUACUUGAGUGCCCUUGGAAUCACGUCUAUUGGAUACUGUGCCAUGUUCGUCUAUUACAUGACCAAACCCAAAGAGGUGUUCAGUCCGCAGGCCCAGGCUCUGGACCUCUGCAUUCGGCUCCUCGCCUGUCCUAUCUUUUCCUUGCCCCCCCCACGAAUCCUCUUGCGGCACUUCCAAGACAAAUAUGGCUCAGGCGCUCGAGACGACAACCUCAACACCAUGAUCGAGGAUGGCAUCACAAACAACCCACGACCCCGACGACCCGCCAUGCUGGUCGCACAGUCCUCGUUCCCCUCUGCCCGACAAAACGAUCUUUUCUUUGACCACCCUUCUUCGUCGUUUCUCACCACCCGACCAAGCAUGGACUUUCAUUCAAACUAUGCGACGCGCGAGAUGGAGGAGAGUCGGUCGAAACGAUUCAUGGAGGACGAUACCCACGCUGCAGGAACAACUUCAAGCUCUGACUCGACUGCUGCGGAAACCAACAACAACCUAGAGAGCGGUGGUGGUGAUGGAAACGAAAGUGAUCCGACCCCACCUUCAUCUGUCUCUUCCGCUUCACCCCAAGUAUCAGCACGGACAACAGCGGAAGAAAUAACAACAAAAUCAACAUCGGAUCGUAAGUCGUAUCCAGUCGUGGGGACGGACGAAGCCGUGCUCACGAAUCUAGGAAUCCCGACUCGAAAAAUCGAUUUCCAAACCACACCUACCAACAACCCUGCCACGAUGACAACACUCACUCAGCAUCUGUCAUCGCCCCUUGCCUCGCCGGUCCUCAUCCUUAACAGCAUCAACAACAACAGCACGUGGGAUGAGGAAGAUGAGACUGCGGUAGCAGCGCGUAGGAUAUCUCGCCGGUUGACCAUGGAAGGUCGUCGUGACGGACUGGACAUUUUGAACAUUGCAGGGCGCCUCAAAUGGCCACACCGAUCCAACACUGGAGGUCACUCAGCUCUCUCCACCAUGACGUCGAUAUCCUCGCCAUCAAGUCCUCUUGCCAUGAAGUCCUCGCAGUCGUUCCCUUCCUUGGCCCUCAACCGAGCAGGUCCAGGAAUCGAUGCCCCUCACGUGACCUUGACUCGAGGAGGUUCAAGGGGAGCAGGAGGCGGCAGGAAGGAACAAUUGAGCGCGAUAAGCUCGGUGCUCGAAGGCGAUGGAGUUAUGGAAAAUCAUGACGACGACGAGUCAUAUUUUUCACAAGGACAAGAACCGUUGCAUGAUCUGUCAAAGAAGCCGUCCAGUACCAUGACUCAUAACGAUACCAGCAACACCAUCAGCAGCAGCAGCAGCAAUAGCACUAUCCGCCCACCAUCACCAAGUGACGAUCCCCACAACACCACUCCAACACCCUCUCACAUCUCUACCGAGUUGACAGCAAUGGACAAGAUCCGCAGACAAUCUCGCGAUACCCUGACCCGACUCCAUGGCGACGGUCAAUCAGCAAUGGCAGCAGCAGCAGCAGCAGCAGCGACGGCAAUGACUAAAGUGUCGACAACCACAGGACCUCAUUCGCCGAUGCUCUUACGCAGAGCAGCUUCGAUGGGAACGAAGCGACGGGAUGCUGUGGAUACUCCAGAGCAAACGCCAGUAGAGUUGACACCCACGUCUCCUACUGCGAUACCAUCACCGCCCCUUUCCUCAUUACAUUAG